AUGUCUCUCUUCCCAAGAUCCUACCUCACAAACGAAGCUACCUCCUUCCACCCUCUUUUCCGCCUUCUCGAUGACUUCGAUCAAUACAGCAGCGGUCGUAGCGGCGAUGGCCACCGUCAUGGCCGCAACAACGUCAUGAAGACCUGGACUCCUAAAUUUGACGUUAAGGAAGCCGGCGAGGUUUACGAACUUCAAGGUGAACUCCCAGGUAUCGAACAAAAAGACAUUGAUAUCGAAUUCAUCGACGAUCAAACACUCAACAUCCGUGGACGUACCGAGCGGUCUUACACUUCCGGCACUCCACCAGCUGGUUUCGUCGAGGAUGCACCCACAUCUGGUCAAAUUACUGAAGGUGGUGAGGGCGAGCACAAAGACAAGGCCCAUCAACCAACCGUCGAAGACGAAGAUGCAGAAAAUCAACAGGGUAACCAACAAGUUACCAAACAUGAACAGAAAAAGUCCAAGGAGCCUGAGCACAGAUACUGGGUUUCUGAGCGUAGCGUUGGUGAAUUCUCUCGAUCAUUCAGCUUCCCAGUUCGCGUCAACCAGGAUGAAGUUAAGGCUAGCAUGAAGAAUGGUAUUCUUAGCAUCAUCGUUCCAAAGGCUAAGAAGCAAGAAAGCCGCAAGAUCACUAUUCAGUAA